AUGAGUAAGGAUAAUGUAUACAGUUGAUAGUGAAUAUAAUAGCCAAGGCAAAGCCUUGCUUAGCUUUUUUAUAAGAAAAAUCAAAAGAAAUAGUAUAAUUGGAUUUUUGACUGAGCUGUACGAGCUAUUGAAGACUGACCAAUCUUUACAAAUUCCUACAGAAGAAGUGUUUAAUUAUACAAAUUAUACAGUAAACAAGCAAGUUAUUUUGGAGUGAAAAACCAAGGUCGAUAAUGCAAUGGCAGAUCUCGCACAAAGGUGGCUACAAGAAGAAGUCGAUUUAGAAGCAAAAAUCAAACAGUGGUCGAACACCUUUUAUGAAGAGCCAGAAUUUACGGAAGCCCUUGGAAAAUUGUCAGAAAUUGUGGAAAUCUGGAAAAAAGUUCUAACAGAUGCUCUUUAUAAAGACCCAAGUGUAUACAAUUUUUAUUUUUAUUUUUUAAAAAUUUUCAAUAGUGUUUUUAAAAAAAAUUAAUACACAUAAUAAUUACAAAAAAAAAUAUAUAUACGAUGCCAAAAGAAGACGGCCCAGAAGAAAAAGACUCUAAAAUCUCUGAAACUGAAGAAGCUGAAGCCACUGAAGAAGAAGAAAAAGAAGAGAAAGAAGAAAGUGACGAAAAAGGGAACCCUGAAGAUUAA